UCAAACAGGUGAAUCUUUUGGAAGCAAACAAGAAAAAGACAAUACAAAGUGAGUCAUCAUCCCCUUUAUAACAUUAAGGUUGAUUAUCAUCUUGAUUUCAUUAAUUUGCAAGGAGAAAAACAAUGAAAGAAAUCAUCAAUGACAACAGUUUGGUCAAUGAGAUUGAAGAAGUAGAAGAAGAGGAGAACUUUUAUCAUUCUACAAGUGAUUUGUUUGAAAUUGAUAAUCAAGGAGGUGAAGUGGAAGGCAGUUUGUUUUCCUUUGACUUUCACAAUCAUGGGGAAAAUGAUGUUGUUUAUGUUGUUGUUUGUAACAAGAAUGUUAGUCAGGAGGAAUCAAGCAAGGAUGCUUUGUUUUGGACUCUUAAUCAUGCUGUGAUUAAUCCCUCUUCUACUAUUGUUUUCCUCAUUCAUAUCUUUCCUCAAACCAAUUUCAUCCCUACUCCUUUGGGAAUGAUUCCAAUAGGCCAAGUGAAUGAAGAGCAGAAAGAGAACUACAUGACUCAAGAAAGAAGCAAGAGGAGGCAGUUCCUCCAGAAGUUCGUUGACAUCUGCUCUGCUUCCAAGGUUAAAGUGGACACUAUACUUAUUGAGAGUGACAUGGAAGCCAAAGCUAUACUGAACCUCACUCCCAUCUGCAACAUAAGAAAGCUGAUUCUUGGCACUUCAAAAGCCAAUCUCAAGAAAAUGAGGUCAAAAAGAGGUAACGGAACGAUGGAUGAGAUAUUACAAAAUGCACCAGAGUUCUGUGAGGUUAAGAUCAUAUGUGAAGGAAAGGAAGUUGUAGAGCUGCAGAUGUUUGAAUCUCCAUCUCUCCGAUACUCCGGUGGCAGCCCAAAGUCCACUGAAGGCCAGAUGAAAAAUCUGAGUCAAGAAGUCCAGAAUGAAUCCAUUGGAUGUGGAGGAUGUUUUGGAGUCAAGGUCAUGUCUUAG